AUGCCUGCUCCUAUUGCAAAGGGGAUUAUCGUGACGGUAUCCGUCCUGGUGGCAGCUGGAGUUGCUGUUUAUCAGUCUCCACAGUUUCAACAGUGGGUGACCACCUCUCGACGUAAGAUCGCCCUGGCCUUGCACAACCUAGGCGAUGAGAUCCAACCUCGCGACUCGUCCUCGCUCGCUCGAGAAGAUAUAUCUAUGACAGAAGAAGUUGGAGAGGCUGCAGAAGAGCGCAGACGCAUUGCCAAGGCGGAGAUUAGGAGGCGGGCCACCCUCCUAGAAUCCCGCCGGAAGAGCAAAGACUCUCAGCAACACCUUGGCAGCUUCGACACUCUUGUAGACGUGGACGGAAACCUUCGCAGCUCGAGUAGCGACCUCGAACAGUUGGAUACUAAACCCACCGGUCGCUCUUCUGGGGUGGACACUGGUAGUUCGCAGCCUGUCCACCGAGGAGUGACGUCCAACGAGACCGAUAGCCCACGUAUCGAACCACGCCAGCUCCAUCUGGAUAUUCUGUCUGAGACGACGUCCAACCAUCCCUCAGAGUCAAUCAUACAAUUUACACCAACCUCCGAAGUGCCAUCUGAAUUGCUUUUUGAUCCGUUCGCUAACUCCCCCGUACGAGCACAGACACCCGUGUCUGUCUCAGCAUCCAGCCACACCGAGGGCAACGACCAGGUUUACUAUGCUCACCCCGAUUUGCAAUCCCCAUUUAACCAACCACAAGACUUGCUCACUGAGCUGGACGAGAUCAGACAGGACAAUCAGUUCCAGCAUCCUGUUUCGUCGGCACCAUCGAUUGCUGGAAGCUAUGGUCACAUUGAUGGUUUUAAUGAUUCGUCUUCUGAUGGAACUAUGAGUGACUUGGGUGGGCACUCGGUAGGAGGUAUCGCAACUCCCGCCAGCUGGUCUGAGGUGGGAAGUGUAGUUAGCAACGAUGAUGCUGGUCAUCAUCCGCUUCUGUAA